UCCUCGAUUGUGGAGGACACUCCGACGUACAGUCGCCGGUAAGACGACUACAAACAGGCUGCAGAGACGCAAGGCCUGCAAGUCUUCGUCUCUGGCUUGGUCGGACUGUAGCUCUACGCCAGGUUGUAUGGAAAUGAAGUUGUCGCUGUCCGGGUGCUUUCACCUCGGUCUCUUCCAACUUGCUAGCGCAUCUGAGGAGCGGGACUAUCCGUGAGUGUCACCUCUCUCACAGUCGAGCCGUCAAUACCAGAGCGUGGCCAACCCAUCUUCAACACAUAUCCCACCUAACAAGAUGCUGAUACGACAAUUCGGAGCACUUCUGGCAACAGCCACUGCGGCUCAAGCGUAUCGCGACGCCAGCCCGUUCUUCAUACUCUCUACAGGAGCCAUCAAACCCGACUCUUCACUCCACACAGCACAACUGUCUACAGCCUCGCACGUCGAAGAGGGUCUCACAUCAGCCCUGAGCGAUUGCGCCGCGUCUCUAUACGUCUUCGUCGACCAGCCUGGCGCCCACGCCUCCGAUCUCCGCGAUGGCACUGCGAUGCCCCACAUGUCGAGGAGAAUAGCGAGCAGCGAAUAUAAGAGCAUUGUGCAGGUGCCGGAAGUACUGGGCGAGGUCGAUGUGUGGAGUGUCGCGAAUGAACUGAGCAGGAAGUGCAAUAUCGAGAAGAUGAGCACGGAAGCCUAUCUGAGCUCAGGUCUCAAAGGCAAGGCCGCCAUCUUACAACCAACACUGCUUCCUACCCUGGCAGCAGAUGCAGCUCAAAGUUUGCGAAUGGAGACCCUCCGCGCGUCCGACGAGACACUUGAUGCAGAACUCCAUUCUGUUCUGGCCAACCACACUUCACAUGUGAUCAUCUUCGUUUCCACACCCGCAGACGUCAGCAGGGAGCACUACGAGUACGACGAGCCGCCAUAUCCAGCAGGCAUGCACACAGACCUCAAGCGUGAUAUCGGAGAGUUGAGUGUGCACGCCAACAAGAAGAACGAGACGUGGGGUCAGGAGAACCUGCCGCUGUUUGAGAAGUACCAGUUCUUGACGCCUGGUAUCUUCAUGGGUCUGUUCGUCAGUAUCCUCCUGCUCUCCAUCCUCUACGUCGGACUGUACGCCAUUGCCGGACUUGAGGUCUCGUAUGGAGCAUUCAGCAAGGAGAACGGUCCUCAGGCUCAAAAGAAAUUGCAGUGAGGACAACAGGACACGGAGCUGGCGUAACGGAAUGGGACGGGGUGGUGUUAGCAUUGAAUGUACAAUGAACGUCAAGACGAUCAGUUCGCGAGU